AUGGCGUCCGAGCUAGAACAAUAUAUCAGCGACAAUUCACUUCGACUCUUUGGUGUAUCUAACAAAACCAUAAUCGACUAUGUCAUAGCGUCAGCAACGUCUUCCAAGUCUCCUGAUGCUCUCUUUUCGUCGCUUAACUCCUACGGUUUACCAGAUACUCCAGAUGCCCACGAAUUCAUUAACGAAGUUUACUCAAGAGCGCCUAGGAAACACAAGCACAAGUCUAAAGCUGCGAGCUCAAGUAAGCAAGCGGAGAAAGAGACGAAAAACCUCCUCACUCAGAAGUUUGGGCUUCUUCUGGAUGAAGACCCCAGCGUCGAUGUCGUUGAACGGCCGAAGUCGAAAAAGAAGAAGGACGAGAAGGGGACCAAGGAUCGGGAUAGGCACACGAGGAAGAGAGAGCAUGACGAAAAGGAUUGGAUGAGUGAUGAGGAGGACAAGGCUCGGAAGCGGCGCAGAGGGGAGGAUGAGGGGGGUGAUGAGCAGGUUGGCGAAGGGAUGGAGAUUGAAGGGGACGAGGACGAGGACGUCAGAAGGGAGCGGGAACGGGCAGAGGACCUUCGGGACCGUGAUGCUUUUGCGGAACGUGUUAGAGAGCGCGAUAAAGAACGGACGAAGAAAGUCGUAGAGGAUCGGUCAUCGAAGAACGCAGGUGCUGCAGCCGAGGCCGCUCGCCGACGCGAGCUAGCGGACGACGAGGAGGCGCGGAGUCAUGCUUUACCCUCUCUUCGCAUUCACUCUCGGCAGGAGUACCUCACGAAACGUGAAAUCCAGCAAAUCGAGCUACUGCGCAAGGAAAUCGCUGAUGACGAAGCCCUUUUCCAUGGGAUGAAGAUAUCGAAGCGGGAACGCAAGGAAUUGGACCGUAAGAAGGAACUUCUGAAGCUGGUGGAAGAACGGCUCAAGAUCAAUGACACUUGGGAUGGCUACCAGCUUCCUGAAGACUACAUCACGGAGCAGGGGAAGAUCGACAAGAAGAAGAAGGAAAACGCAUUGUAUAAACGGUACGAAGAAGCCAAGCCGAAGGACGACCAGUUCGUUACCGAUGUCGACCAGUGGGAGGCAAGUCAGACUAUGCACAGUACCUUCAAGGUCGGAGCGAUGGACAAACACGAAGCAAUGGAAGACUAUGAAUACGUCUUCGACGAGAGUCAAGCUAUCCAGUUUGUUAUGGAGUCGUCGUUGGAGGGUGUGGGCAUGAGUGCUGCAGAUCGAUUGAUACAGGCACAGGUUGAAGAAGCUGAGAAACGCGCGAAGACUAUUGACGAAACUCGGAAGUCUCUCCCUAUCUACACCUUCCGUGGGGACCUCCUCGAGGCCAUUAAGCAGCACCAAGUUCUAAUCGUUGUUGCCGAAACCGGCUCGGGGAAAACAACCCAACUCCCACAAUACCUUCAUGAAGCGGGAUACACCGAGAACGGGCAGAAGGUCGGCUGCACUCAACCCCGUCGUGUUGCUGCGAUGUCAGUGGCUGCUCGUGUCGCUGAGGAAAUGGGAACGAAGGUUGGCUACGAAGUCGGCUACUCUAUCCGUUUCGAAGACUGUACCAGCGAUAAAACUGUGAUCAAGUACAUGACCGACGGGAUGCUGCUCCGCGAGUUCCUGACUGAACCUGAUUUGGCGGGCUAUUCAGCGUUGAUCAUCGACGAGGCUCACGAAAGGACACUCAGUACGGAUAUUUUGUUUGCUCUUGUCAAGGAUAUCGCUCGUUUCCGGCCAGAAUUACGACUGCUCAUUUCCAGCGCGACGAUGGAUGCCGAGAAAUUCGCAGCGUACUUUGACGACGCACCGAUUUUCUAUGUCCCUGGACGUCGCUAUCCUGUCGAUAUUCAUUACACCCCGCAACCGGAAGCUAAUUACCUCCACGCUGCCAUCACAACCGUCUUCCAGAUCCAUACAACACAGCCCAAGGGCGACAUCCUGGUGUUUCUGACGGGGCAAGACGAAAUUGAAGCUGCUCACGAGAAUCUGCAGGAAACGGCGCGAGCUCUGGGUAAUAAAAUUAAGGAACUCAUUAUUUGCCCGAUCUAUGCAAACCUCCCCAGCGACAUGCAGGCAAAGAUCUUCGAGCCUACCCCGGAUGGCGCCAGGAAAGUCGUCCUCGCAACGAAUAUUGCGGAAACGUCGAUUACAAUCGACGGCGUAGUGUUCGUAAUCGAUCCCGGUUUUGUGAAGCAAAACUCGUACAACCCUCGUACGGGUAUGUCGUCCCUAAUCGUCGUGCCAUGUUCUCGUGCAUCUGCUAAUCAGAGAGCUGGACGAGCUGGACGAGUGGGUCCGGGUAAAGCCUUCCGACUCUAUACGAAGUGGGCGUUCUCCAACGAACUCGAAGAAAACACAGUUCCGGAAAUUCAGAGAACCAACUUGGGAAUGGUCGUCUUGCUACUCAAAUCGCUAGGUAUAAACGACCUCAUUGGCUUCGAGUUUUUGGAUCCUCCUCCCGGAGAAACGCUAAUGCGAGCACUCGAGAUGUUGUACGCCCUUGGCGCUCUCAAUGACAGGGGUGAGCUCACGAAACUGGGGCGGCGAAUGGCGGAAUUCCCUGUGGAUCCCAUGUUAUCCAAAGCUAUCAUCUCUAGCGAGAAGUACUCGUGUACUGACGAAGUGCUCACCAUUAUAUCAAUGCUUUCAGAAUCCUCGUCGCUGUUUUACCGGCCUAAAGACAAGAAAUUGCAUGCGGAUCAAGCUCGGCAGAACUUUGUGCGCUCAGGCGGCGAUCACUUCACUCUUUUGAACGUAUGGGAACAAUGGGCGGAGACAAACUAUUCGCAGCAAUUCUGCUAUGAGCAGUUCCUUCAGUUCAAGAGUUUAAGUCGUGCGCGCGAUAUCCGGGACCAGUUGGCUGGCCUUUGCGAGCGUGUAGAAGUGGUUAUACAGUCAAACCCAAAUUCCAAUGACAUUACACCGAUACAGAAGGCAAUCACUGCAGGGUAUUUCUACAAUACGGCCCAACUACAAAAGAGCGGUGACUCUUACCGGACACUGAAGACCAACCACACGGUGUAUAUUCACCCGUCCUCGAGCCUUUUCCAACAUCAGCCUCCGGUGAAGACCGUCCUCUACUAUGAACUGGUGAUGACUUCGAAAUCGUACAUGAGGCAAAUCAUGGAGAUAAAGCCUACGUGGUUGAUGGAAGUGGCUCCGCAUUACUUCAAGCCUGCGGACCUGGAGCAGUUGGCGAUUGGUGACAAAAAGAUGCCAAAGGCUGUUGCAUGCAAACCUUCGGCUAUCGUGUCCUGGGCUCCGGAGAACGAGCAACGUGCAGUCGCUUUGGGCUGCCGCGACGGUAGCAUAUUUGUGUUUGGCCCUCAGAAUUCCAAGGAAACAGGGAACGAGCGAGGAGAGAAGCGGGCUGGAUCUGGGUCCUUAAGUUCGCCCUCUACACUUCGUGGUUCACAUCCGACGUCUCGCUCUACUUCCCCGUCGGGAUCGUCCAUAGUAUCUCAGACACCAUUCAAUAUCUCUUCCCGCUCUCGCGUCGUAUCGGGGAUCACUGCCGCAGCUGUGGAGGCGCCAAAGAACUACGUCGAUUUCGAUGAUGAACCGAGUAAACUCAAAGAGAUGCUCAAGGGUCGGCCACCGAAGGAUCGCUCAAGCCAUGCGCCCACAGUCGAUGCAGUAGCUUCGGACGUUCGUGGUGACGAUACCCACCGUUCUAGCCGAAAGGUUUCCGCAUCCUUAAAGUCGCCUGGAUCACCAGCUCCACUCUCUCCGAUUCCGACUCCAUCGUCUACUCCCAAAGGGUUGGCCCUUCGCUAUCACAUCGUCCCCCGCCAUUCUGGAUCGGGGCAGGCAGUAUCCGGAAUUCUGCUGGUUGGAUCGAACGGUAUUCUUGUAUCUUUGCAUGAGCAAGGCGAUAUAUAUGCUUUCGCGAUGCAGGACGGAAGAUGCCUUUCGACCAUCAACGCGACUGAUCGGUUCUUGGACUCUGUACAGAGCAAACCCAAGGAUAUUCCUCGGCAGUCCUGGUUGUGGCAAUCGUUGCGCACAGUUCAGUAUGGAGAGUCAACGUUACUAAUCGCUACCUCUAUCGUUGAUUCCACGGCCCCAUCGGCCUCUCUCGAAGACUCUGCUGGAACUGAAGCGAACAAAUGUCGUGUGGUUGUAAUUGAGAUUCAAUCAACGGAAAGGAGUGGUUCCUUCCAUGCAACAUUCGUUAAACUUGGCGAUUGGAUUGAAAAUGGUACGACUCAUGUUGACGUAGCAGAUAAUUUUGGCGAAGACAGCUUGUUUAUCUACGUUGUCGACGAAAAUGGCCGCCUGAUCAUCAAGUCAAUCCGCAUUGUGGAAAACUACGAGUUAAAGCCGACCACGCCUGAACUGGCCGUAAGUGAUGGGGACACAAGACUCAACCUGCCCAAUCCAUUCAAAGCUCUGCGAAGUCGAUCCACCGAGCAUCUGAUUCAAGAGGAACACGAAUCCAAUGGGAGACGUGUCAUCGUGCAUGAAGGUAUCCAAGCGGGGGUGGUGAAUAAGCCUGAUCGCACAGGAUUUGGGCUUCAUUUACAUGUCACUGGUAGCUCCACCAGGGGUCUCCUUUGGACGACUGAAGAAGUCCAGACGUUUGAGUUAGGCGCCGGCAACAUCAACACUGUAUAUACCGAAUCUGCAUCCGGUUUAUUAGAUGCAAAAUGGGUUGACCAUGAAUCAUAUGUCCUGAUUUUCAACGAUAGAUUUGUGUUAUACGGGUAUCAUCUAGUAGAUGGCGACAAUAACCGCCUGCGUGCUUCCCCGAGCGAAGGAAUUAUGCAGCCGUACCAGCUUCACUCCACCCCUUUGCCACCAUUUCAGAAAGCCUUCUCUCUCUCUAGGACUGACCUACUCGUUUACACCAGUGACAAGGCGAAGGGAGUCCGGCUUCAAGUUAUUUCGGCACAUUCUACUUCGGCAAGCACGAUUUGGCAACCAUCACCUUCUACGACACCUGGCAAGGUGGAAACUUACCUCACGGCUACGCUCCCAUUGGACCAGGAGUCAGUAAUCCUCGGUUACAGUGAUGGCCUCAUUCGACAAACCCCUUGGACGCAUAUGUCAGGGGAAGCUGCGAAAGAAAGCUUCGAUAAAGUGUCCGACGUGCCCCUCGAUGGAUACAUCGCUUCACUAUUCCUCGUUGACAAUCGCCGAACUAAAGAGCGUUUCAUCGUUGGCGGAGCUGACGAUGGGUCACUUGCAGUUUGGGCAUCAGAUUCCCUUAAGUUGUGUGCACGUUGGACGAUAUUCACAACGUCAUUGAUGAAUGUUCUGCGAUUCCCCGACGAUCGGGGAGUUUUGGGCGGAUGUAUCCUUUGUGUGGCGGAAGACGGCACGAUAGCUGUCGUGGUGGUCGACGGGCUACAGUUUUUGUAUAUGAUCCCAGGCGCGCCAGCCACACUGGAGCGACUGUGUCUCGGAGAAGAUAACCUCUUGCUCUACUAUGCGAACCACAUGGUCCGCCUUUGGGAUGUCAAGACGAAGGAAUUCUGGCGAUCAAUGGUUGCUGGGAAGGCCGACGAGUUAAUGCAAGAAGGGGUUUUACGUAGGUCCGCAAAUGAUCUUAAUCACCCACCUCACCCUACAUUGAGGCGUUUUGCGAGCAGAAGCCGGUCGUUAGAUUUCACAUCCACUCUCUUGUUUGACGUUGACCAAUUCCUUUCCAUUUCAAACUCUGUCACAAGGUCCAUCAAUACAGGCCUAGAGCAAACUCGGGCCAUUUACUCUACACUCGAUAGGCUCCGCUCCAUAUUAUCCAUCCUCCUUACAUGGGGAGUGAGUCAGGACAUUGACGCCAUAUGCCGUACUCAGCUAGGUAUUUCGUCGUCCGUCUCUUCACAUGGCAUUAUCAGCCAAGAGAGCGCCGUACUGUUUGCUGGCGCAGCACCCACAGAUCUCUGGUGCAUCUCCGGUGUUGUGUCUGCUACGAAGUGCAUAGCAAUCGCCGCCACCUUGAGGGCAUUAGCCCUUCACGAGGAGUAUGCGGAUGCUGCGAACACGAUCAUAACCUUUUAUACAACUUCGCUUGCGUCUGCCGUUGGUAGUCGCUUCCAACCACCCGAUCUUCCACUUCUGGCUUCGAAAUCAUUAUAUGGCUCAGGUGAAAUUCGGCACGCCGCUAAACUGGUUUUCGAUGCUACCAUUAUGCAACUCCUGGAGGAAGACACGAUUAAACUUUGCGAUGAUUGGCAUAGAUUUUUACCCGUCUCGAGCGCGAACCCAGAAAAUGACGAAACGAGCGCAUUGGCACUAUUUUUGUGUGGCCAUUCUGCCGCGGGGCAACACAGCCUACUGCCGGAAAGCGUCCUGACCAAUAUUGCAAAAUCCAUCUCCUUGUACAUGCAUGCCGAGGAUCCCAUACACCGUGCUCUUGCUAUUGAUUUGUGUUCUCGCGGCUUCCAGAUUUGGCAACACUAUGUCGAUGCUAUGGAGAUGCUGAGGGCGCUGUUCACUCUAUCCACGACCUCGCGGAAAGACUCGAUCAAUGUACAUAACACUGCAGCGCAAGCACGGGCUGCAGUCCUCUCGAUAGCAUCUUCUAAUACCCCUCUCUUCAUGACAACGCUGGCCCUCGACAUCCUUAACCCUUCGAAUCUCGAAUACCGCAAGUCCGUCAUGCAGAUGGUUGCAUUCCUCAUUCGCAAGCGUCCUUUAGUUCUCUACCCUAAUCUGCCCCGAUUGAUGGAAGCAGUAGUGAAGUCUCUCGACCCGAACUCGACUUCACAUCGUGAUGCUGUUCUUGAUACUGCUACGCAGAUAAUCGGGGACGUGGUCAAAACUUUCCCCACUGUCGAUUUUCAUAUGGGCUCACAGCGACUUGCUGUUGGAACAAGUGAAGGCGCCAUCGUUAUGUAUGAUUUGAAGACUGCAAUCAGGCUGUAUGUUCUCGAGGGGCAUAAGAAGCGCCUCGCCGCGUGCAGCUUCUCGCCUGAUGGGCGCAGACUCGUCUCGGUGUCAUUGGAGGAGAAUGUUGUACUGGUCUGGAAGGUUGGGACUAGUUUCUCCAGCUUUUUCAACCCAGGCGCCCCGCCUCGACAAGGCCACGGUGGGUCGGAGCCUUACAAAACGCUGCCAUUCAACGUUGGUCAAGAAGCAGAUAUGACAAUCGCCGCCACCUUGGAAUGGGUUCGCUUCAAUUGGAUUUCGGACCGUAGUGUGAAGCUUGAUAUUCGCGAGAGUGUUCUCACGUUUAGCACGUAG